AUGGCACCUCCGAAUGCAUUAAGCACAGUUAAAUCAGAGGUAUCAAUCCUGAUUACUUCGUUUAGAUGCAGUCCUCGCUCCAACUUCCGUCCCUCGCAAGAAGAGUCGAAGCGAGCCCUUCUAAAUAGUCUAGUUACUCUACGAAAUACUCUGAAUGAGGCCCCAGAGUUAGAAUCUCUCAAUCCUAUUACUUAUUUAACACCCUUCCUUGAUGUGAUCCGAUCUGAAUCGGCUACUGGUCUAGUAACCGGAAUAGCGUUAUCUUCAGUUGAAAAGUUUCUUGCAUAUGGACUUCUUGAAGUCCGACCAGGAUCUCAAAAUGCUUCAGAAAAUAGCAUUGGAAUUGCUAUUGGAGCCAUUGCUGAGGCAACUAUUCAAGCUCGUUUCAUUCGCAGUCGGCCGAGUUCCGAUGAGGUUGUUCUCAUGAAAAUUGUCCAUCUUCUUCGAACUCUUCUCCUUAUUCCUUCAGGAGCUUAUCUUUCCAACGAAAUGGUUUACGAGAUUAUUCAGAACGGACUAAGAAUAUGUUUAGAGACAAAGCUAUCCGAAUUACUAAGACGAACUACAGAACAGUUUCUGGCUUCAAUAGUCCAGUUGUUCUUUUCCAGGUUACCUGCUCUUAUUUUGUCUGCGGGAACUAACAACCAGUUACCUAUCGACGAAACAUCAGUUCCCGUUAGCCACCGAAGCAGUCAACGAACAGCGAUUCACCAAGACAACCCUCAACCAACCUCGACAAAAUUAUCUUCAGACACUGUAGAUAUUAACCAAAUAGAAGAGACUAAAACUGCCGGCUCCCUCGAGGCAAAUCCACCACGUCGUGAUGAAAGCAUUUGCAGUCUGGGUGAUCACUUAGUGGAAGAUCCCCACCAGGAUCUACUGGCAACUAAUCUUUCUAAAUCCUCCCAACCCCAAUCUCCACUGUCAGCAUCUCCCCUUUCGUUCAAAGUAGAAAUUGGUGAGGAAGUGGGGGAAAACCAUACCAUUGAAGAGAGUUCACUUUCAGAGGAACAAAUCUGUCGCCCAUACAACCUGCAAGCAGUUCAUAAUCUCUUCGCCUUACUGGUUGAUCUUCUGAAUCCAGAACAACAGGACAAUGUUAUCAAAGUCGCUUUGGGUCUUCUAGCAGUAGCUUUUGAAACUGGAGCUGAUUUCCUUCACGCGUGUCCAUCGAUCCUCCGCUUGGUCGCAACAGACUUGACCAAGUAUUUGAUGAUGCUUCUCUUUCAAGAACGGAUAUCCCUUUUCGCCUCUACUCUCCGCCUCUCCUUUCUUCUAUUCGAAUCACUUAGGGUUCAUUUGAAACUUCAAUUGGAAGUUUACUUUCACCGUCUUAUAGCCAUUAUCUCUCACGACAAUGAUCGAAUCACUUAUGAACAGAGGGAAAUGGCUCUGGAUGCAGUUGUACAGCUUUUCCUUCUACCUGGACUUGCAGCUGAGAUUUACGUAAAUUAUGAUUGUGAUCCAUACUGCUCGAAUCUCUUUGAUGAUAUCACGGAAAUGUUGACUAAGAAUGCCUAUCCGAGUAAUAAUCGGCUAUCGGGAAUGAAUAUUCUGGCUUUGGAUGCUCUGUUGUCUGUGGUUGAUGCCAUUGAUGUUCAAACUGGGGCGGCGAUUGAAGAAGGUGCUCAGGAAGGUGUUACCCGUCUAAAAUCGUCAAAUUGUAGGACUUCAAUGCCACGACCAAACCGUCAUUGGAAUCCUUCUUCUAAUCUCCCAACUCACGAUGCUUUAGUUCUCCAAAAGACUCGGAAGAAACUCCUCAUGAACGGUUCUGAUCGUUUCAAUCUCAUGCCCAAAGACGGAAUUGCUUUUCUACAGAAGAAUGGUCUUCUCGCCGAUCCUCUUGAUGCGGUUGAAAUGGCUACAUUUUUGGCCGAAAAUCCUCGGCUGGACAAGAAAAUUAUUGGCGAAUUCUUGUCCAAUCGCAAAAACUCAGAUAUUCUAGCGGCGUUCGUUCGGCAUUUCAACUUCAAAGGUAUUCGGAUUGACGAAUCACUUCGAACUUACCUUGAAGCUUUCCGUAUUCCUGGUGAAGCUCCACUCAUUCAACACUUGAUGGAAUCCUUCGCCGAACAGUGGUUUCAAGCCAACGACGGCCCCUUCUUCAACUCUGAUGCUGCAUUCACUCUUUCAUAUGCCAUUCUGAUGCUCAACACAGAUCAACACAACCCCAAUUCCCGUCGUCAAAAUAUACCCAUGACGUGUGCAGACUUCAAGAAGAACUUGAAGGGUAUGAAUGGGGGCGGAGAAUUUGAACCAUCUUUGAUAGAAGCUAUCUACGAGAGUAUACGCAAUCGAGAGAUUGUCAUGCCUUCUGAACAGACUGGAGCUGUGAGGGAUAACUAUUUAUGGAAAUGUUUAGCACGUCGUAGUUCCCAACCUGGCUUUGCACACUAUCUCCACCUACCUCCUGGACAUUUCGACUCGGAUCUCUUUGUAAUGCUUUGGGGUUCCACCGUGGCUGCUCUCUCUUUUGUACUCGACAAAACAACAGAUCCUGCUUUACAGGCGAAAACAAUGGCCGGGUUUGUUCGGUGCGCUAGAAUUGCAGCUCAUUUCCGCCUGACUGAGGUGUUUGAUAAUCUCAUUAUCUCUCUUGCCAAGUUCACUCUUCUCCUAAGUCCAACUGAGAGUCCAGAGACUGUUGGUGUUGCCUUGGGACGCAGUGCAAAGGCACAAAUGGCUACGAGGUUGGUGUUUGCACUGGCUGCUGCACACGGAGAUAUGCUUAGAGAGGGGUGGCGUUCCUUAUUACUGGAUUGUCUACUCAGGCUACUGCACGCCAAUCUCUUACCCUCCUUGGUUCGUUCUCCCCAGUUUUUGCCCUCGAAUCUUGCUGGUCCAACGUCAAAUUAUGGCGUAUCGAAUGAGAAUAUGAAUGAAACUGGUCGUUCUGAUCUGGGUGUCUUGGGCUCAUUUUAUCACUACUUAACGCUUGGAUCCUCAUCCAGCUUGGAACCUCAGUCUUCAGAAUCACCGUUGGAAGAGCCUCUUGAUAUUCAACAACAAAGCGUUUAUUGCUCGGAUGAAAAUCCCACAACAUCUGAACAAGUUCCUCCAAGAUGUUUCACCUCAGCGACUGACCUCUUUCGACUUAUCGAUGCCUCAAAUGCUUCUGCUUUCAUCCUUCCUCAAACAGGUCAUGAUGAUGACUUCACAGCAUUUCAAACUGCGAAAGCUGCGGUUGAGGAGUGUCAGAUUGGAGGCUUAUUCGAGGAAUCAAAGUUUUUGAUGUUGGAGUCGCUACAGGAGCUCAUUAAGGCACUCCUCUACGGUUUGACUAAUGGGGGCACAGGUGUAGAUGCCUACGAUUCUGUUGGCCCGGAAACUCCAAUAGGAGGUGAAAGGAGCCAAGUAUUCUGCUUAGAGUUGCUUCUUCAGGUCCUUCUCUACAAUCGUGAUCGAAUUGAUCAACUCUGGAUGAUGGUGUGUGGUGUGCUCGUCGAGAUUCUACGAACUGCUCGAGAGCCCACUUGCCUUAUUGAAUGCAUCGUAGCGGGAAUGCUGAGAUUAGCUGUACGCCUACUUAAUAGGCAGCAAGAAUUGGCAACUCAAAUCUUCGCCUGCCUCCUAGCCAUUCUCCAAGAACGUGGAGCAUACCUCCUACGACCAAGUCCCCAAAUUUCCCCUGGUUCUAACCCCUCAGCCACACCGAACAAACGUCUUAAUCGCUUUAAAUCCUCCGAAUUUUCUUCUGGAGCAUAUCCAGAUUGCACAUCAAAUGGAGUUAGCUCAGUUGCUCGACAAGUUGUAUGUGGAAUUGACGCCAUGUUUCGAGAGGAAGGUGGUACGGUGGCCAUGGAAAUCCCCUCUCCUCGGGAUUGGGAGCUGAUUCUGAGUCUAUUAGAGGUUUGCGGUGCUGGAGCUUUCCCAAUCAUGCCGGAGGAGCUACAAGGAUUCGAUAUGGCACGAGAGCGGGAUGCUACAAUGAUUACUCAUUUGCGUAAAUUAUUGCUUCCUAAAAUUCUCAUCAUGCAUUCUUCUUUAGAUUCUAGUCUUCAAAACGUAGCAGCAGAUUCAAUUGCUGAUAGCUCUCAGUUGUCGACACGAGAUUGCGUCAGUGACAAUGAAAGCACCACAGUAACAGAAGUGCGUCGCCAAAUCCCACCUUCCAGCAUUGUAGGCGGAGUCGAGUCCUGGGUUCUUGUCAAUGUCGUCGAUAAGAACCAAGGUCAGUCAGAUUCAGAAAAGGUAACUACACGGGAAUCUCCAGUUCCAGCUACAACUGAAGCAUCUAAGAAGAAAUACAUGAAUCGCGGAAGCUCCCUAAUAUCAUCUUCUCGACUUCGUUUGCCAAUUGUGAUUGCUUUUCAGGACUCGUUUGCCCUGGAAAAGGCUUGCGAUUCUAUUGUUUUCGUUGUUCGAGAUGCGACCCACAUAACCCCAAAUAACAUCGAGUACUGUGUCCACACGCUUCGUGUCUUUGUUGAAGCUGUCCUGAUGCCUACAAAACCCUCCAUUAUUCGAAAAACAUCGUCAAUUACAAAUAACGAACGUUCUUCCCCUUUGGUCUUUGAAUCCCCUGAAUGUCGACCUCCAGAUCCGUUCAGUAAUCAAAUUGCCCUUCAGCUUCUGGAUCUGGUUUAUACACUCUUCAGCCGAGCUCCCUCUAUCUAUGCUGAAUGGACUAAACCCACAGAUGAACAGGUGAGUGAAUCGUCAAAAGAACCUCCCAGCCAAGUCAACGCCACCGUUGAAUGCCUAUGGCCGGCUUGUUGGCGAGCUCUCCUUCAAGCAAUCGCACGUCUUUGUGUUGACUCUAGAAGGGACGUUAGAGCAGAUGCUCUAGCGUUUCUUCAACGUGCCCUCCUUUCACCAAUUCUUCAUGUGCUCACGGGUGAACAGUGGCUAGACUGUUUCAAUCAAGUUAUAUUCCCACUUCUGACCAACUUCAUUGAAACCGUUGCUUUUGAUGAACCUGUAAAUACUUCAGCUCCUAAUCAACCAGCAAUGCUAAACUCUAUGUCCAAUUAUCGGUCAGUCGGUAGUCAGGGUAAUCUCUCCGGAGGCUUCUUUUCAAACAUCUUUGGCGGAGGUGGAAGCAAUACUGCGGCUAUUGGUGCGGAUCCCAUUCCACAAAGGUCUACUGUUUCUGGUGCACUUGCUGAAUACACAGAUCCUCGAAUGAGAGCCAUUCCACUGUUGACAAAAGUAUUUUUGCAGCACCUGAGUCCCCUAUAUGCUCUUGAUGAAUUUUUACAACUUUGGUCCAGAAUGCUGACCUAUAUGGAGAAGUAUAUUAGGGCGAAUAUCUCGGAUUCACUUAAUGAUGCAGUACGGGAGUCACUGAAGAACCUAUUGCUUGUUCUUUAUACUGGAACUCAGGAUACAGCACCAAUUUUGGUUCGAGAUGCACCGGAAGGUUCAAAACAUGCUCUCUUAUGGAGUACGACCUAUUCACAAUUGGACCGAUUUAUGCCUAAUUUGAUGGACCAGUUAUUCCCUCCUCCCGUUUCUGAAAAAGUUCUUGUUGAAGUAUCUCAGGAUGUUCCCCAACCGCCAUCUCCUCUGCCUCCCUCUGAAUCGGUUCAAAUUCCUUCAGAACAAGCUCCAGUUACUUUUCCAGACGUAAAUGCACCUCCUAUUUCAACGGCUCCAGUAACCGUCUACGAGCCGACUCUGUCGUCUGCUGCAACGAGUCCACAGUCAUCCGAAGUGCCGGAACGAACUGUUCCUGAAAUUCCACAGCUUCCAGUUGGAGCUGUUCGGAUUCAAUUACCCAUUGAAGAGAGUGACACUGAAGGGGGUAGUUAG